UACACAUCUCUGCGCGCUGCAGUGCUGCCUGCAGCAGACACGCAUGGCAUUUCCAGCACCAUGCGGAAGUCACGCGAGGCUAGAACCGUCAUUCCAAUCACAAGAUAGUCUUAUCUGCUUCCGGUCCCUCUCUCCCUGCUGCGCGGGCCCGCCCACUAGACCAUGCCCCUAUAAAAUCCAACCUGCACCAACCAACUCACACAAACUCCAAAUCCAUUUCCCUCCUCACAACUCGCACUCCUCCCUCCGCCAAAGACCGGUGGUUGAGGCGUCACGGUAAGCGCGAGGCGCAGACGAGUGCGCCAUGGCCGGGAGCGCGAGGUCGGCGGCCGCGAAGCACGCGUACCGGAUGUUCACGCCGUCCCGGAGCGCGGCGGCGCUGGGCAGCCCCGGCAGCGCGGCGGACGAGUUCGACGAGUCAGACGUGUGGGGCUCGUUCGGCGACUCCAUGCCCCCGGAGCUGGCGCGCGCGCGCCCGAUCCCGUCGUCCGCCCGCGCCGGCGGCCGGAAGAAGCCGCUGGACCAUGCCGGCGCCGUGCCCGGGUCGCUGCCGAUGAGCAUACCGGACUGGCAGAAGAUCCUCGGAGGCGAGUACAGGGACCACUACGCAGGCGAGUGGGAGCUCGACGGCGACGACGACGACUACAGCAAGCUAGGCGCCGGCUGCCGGAGCGGGUCGGUUGUACCGCCGCACGAGCUGGCGUGGCGCAGCCGCGCCGCGUCCCUGUCGGUGCACGAGGGGGUGGGGAGGACGCUCAAGGGGCGCGACCUCAGCCGCGUCCGCGACGCCGUCUGGAAGAGGACCGGCUUCGAGGACUGACCGGAGAGCAUGCAUGCAUGGAAUGGCAUGGCAUGGCUCGUUCGUCGGCGGUUAGCGCAUUAUGCACCGCAGUAUGGGCAUGAAACGAGAUAAUUAAACUACUAGGUGUUCGUCUCGCUUGGGGACAUCUUUUUGUCAUGCGUAAGAACAGGAAAGCAGAUCGUAGUAGCGAAGGCAUGCGAUCCUGGCGGAAGGAGAGCGGGUGGGUGUUGGUUCGUCCAUGGCGUGACAAAAUUCACGGGCACCUUCCAUGGAGGAAAAGGCUAGGUUGGUUGGUCAGGCGUCGGCGUGCGUAUUUUAUUUUAUUUGUUUCGUUCGAGUAUGGGUAGUUUAAGCUUUUUUUGCAGUGGGGUGUACUGCUGUUUCUGGGCGAAGUUGCGGAACCGAGAAGAAAUGCUUGCCUUUGCCGGCCAUCCCGUUUUCAUGAUACAUGAGCAUAAAUGGUAAAGAGAUUGCUUUUGGUUGAGCUUUA